CGUGGCAGCUCAUCCCUUCGCCCCGAACGACCAGCGGGCAGCGGAAUCGGAUAAGCGCCCCUCUUCUCGCUCGGCAAUGGAGUCUACCGCGCUAACCGCAAGAUUGCCGCUUCUAGCCUCUCGCUCGCGGUCCAAACCCCUCUCGCCUUCCCCUUGCGCCGGAGCUCGCCGCCUCGCCUCCGUUUCCUUCCCCUUAGACAGCAGCCGCGUCGUCCUGCUCUCCCGCGGCGGCGAGUACGCCGGCGUUGGCUCCUCGGUCUUCGCUGCCGCAGCCGUUUCAGGGGAGGCGGCUGGCGCAGGCUCCGAGGCCAUCCUGCUCAGUGUCCAGGGGAUGAUGUGCGACGGGUGCGCCGCGAGCGUGAAGCGGAUUCUGGAGAGCCAACCUGAGGUUACUUCUGCUACCGUUGAUUUUAAGGAAGCAAGAGCAGUCGUGUGGACAACAGCUGAGGCAAGGGGGACCGAAGAUUGGCAGAAACAAUGUGGAGAGAAACUUGCUAAACACCUUGGCACUUGUGGAUUUGAGUCUCGCCUGCAAGAGUAAGGUGAAGCCAAAGAAAGCUGAUACUGAACAUCAAUGACGUUGUUCGAUGAAGUUUGCCGUCAGAUGUCACCUGAAUGAGUCACAUGUUUCUGUAGAUUUCUAUCAGCAUCUCUGUUGCCGGAGAGUUUUGCAACCCAAAUUAGCUAGCUCAUCUCUGUUGAAAAGCAUUCACUGAAGUACUUUGCGAAGAUAUUAGGUUAUUGUUGCAAGACAAGGAAUUUGGCUAACUCCUUCGGCUCUCUUGUAUUCCUCACAGUUAUGAAUAUACAAGUACAAUUGAACUUUUGUAUAGGUCAGCAGUCAACAUUUUCUUAUUUAUUUAUCUCCCUGUUUUGUGUUUCAACUCCGUAUAUAUUCAUCAUAUGUUGCCAC